AUGAAAAGGCAAUCAAAAAAGGAAAAAUAUUUGAGGGUAUUGAAUAACUUUCUAAGGUUUAUCUCAAUAGGAAAACAUAAUUCUGGUCUUUACUAUAAAGAAAAAGUCUUUUUUUCAACCUUUGUUGGAGGGAUAAUUACCUUGGUGGCAGCUAUAAUAGUUUUAGCACUCUCAAUUUCAACAUUGAUAGAGAUUUUUAGUUUAGAAAAGAUCACGUAUACUGUGUAGAAUGACACACUUAACUUGCCUAAUUUCGAUUCACUUACAAAUGUGGGUAAGAUGAUUAAGGAGAUGCAGAUUAGCAUCUUAGCAACUCAUAUACAGAGAAAUCUUAAGUGCUCUGAUGUGGCAUUUUCAGCUGAUUUUCAUUAGUACUAGAAGCCAGUCAUUAGUCUAAAUUUUGACUGUGGUUUGGUUCUUGAUAGCAAAUAUUCAGGCAGGUAUUUCUUGGAAUUGUAAGUAAACACAAAGGAGUAAUAAUACAUCUCAGAGUAAAAGCUAGACUCAUUUCAAACUAUAAUUCUUAGCUUGAAUUUGACUAAUCCAGAUUUGAAAGUUGAUGAUAUGAAUAUAUUCUUCUAAUCUUAGUAUUUCUACUUCGACAAUAAGCAGAUACAAAAAACUGAUAAAAGCAGCAUGGCUUUAUUUUAAGGAAGCUAUCAAAUUAAAGUUAAUCAACUUUUAUAUCACUACACAAAUGAUGUGUUCUAACUUAGUAAGCAUUACAUAUCGGAGUUGUACUUCUUCAAUGACUAUCCAGUUUAAAUGGUUAACUAAUAACGAGAUAAAUCUGAUUACUCUUUUUACAUAUAGAUUGAUGACUUAUUUGUUUGGUAGGUUGUAAGAGUAACCCCUGAAAGUAUAUUCUAUGGUAUUGCUAAGAUUGGAGGUUAUAUCUCAUUUUUGUCCUUUAUCAGAAUAAUAAUCUCAAUUGUCCAUUAGAAGCAAUUUGAGAAGAGUCUGAUUUUAUCAUUUACUAAAAGGGAUAAACAGUCAGAUAAAAAAAGUGAUGACUAUAGAAGAAGAAUAAUAGUAAAGGAAAUUUUUAGUUAUGAAAAAUUGAAGGAUAUUAUUGAAUAUUACGAGACUAAAAUAGAUUUACUAAAGCGCAAAAAUCAGAUUUUGCAGGAAAAUAAAUCUAGUUCUCUAAAUGAUUACGAAUUUGAUACUAAGAGUCCUUAGCUAUCUUCGUUUGAGGAUGCUAGCUAGAUUCACCUAAUAGACCCUUGA